CGCUCGACCGUUGACGGGAAAUUCGAGCGGUCCUUGCGAGCCAAACCAAACGUCUGUUUCGAUCGAACCUUAGUGAAAAACGGCGGAAAACCCACAAGAAAACGGAAAAUCGGUAUUUUAUGAAUGAUAAUUGAUAUAAUUACUCGCAGUGAUUAAGCGGAAUGAAGUGUCGUGGCUCGGAAUCGGCCAACGUUUCGAAUAUAGUAAGGUGGGAGUGCUCAGGCCGGGAGGAACAAUGCAGUGGUACGUGUACCAUUUAAAGAUUUGCCAUUUUUAAAAGGAAAAAAAUCCUGCCCCUAUAUCUGCAUCGUCAAUCCGGAUAUAGCAUUUUCCAUUGUUCCUCAGUUAAUAGUGCAUAAACUGUCGUGAUAUCGAAGGUGUUGAAGAAGAAAGCUAAAUGACUCGAUCGAGCAUCAAAAAAUAAAAUGUUUUCCUUGAAUCGGACGUUGAACCACUUUGUGUGCUUACUAGUGUUAUCAAAUGUCGCGUUUGUGUUCUGCCAAGACGAUUCCCAAACGUCCAACGACGGGUACUACGGAAAUAAUGAUAACGGUGCAUCAUCCACCAUGACGGAGUACGCUGGAGGAACCAUAGAGAAUGAUAAAGUGAUUUUCGAGAAGAGCAGGAGUCCGUAUUGGUUAAGGAACGAUAUAAUAGUUGAGCGAGGUGCGGAACUGGUAAUCGAACCUGGGGUGACCGUCAAAGUGGAACCGCAGGUUGGAGUUACGGUCAGAGGUGUACUAAAUGCACAGGGAACCGAAGAUGACAAAAUAGUCUUUACAACAGCAGAUGAACAACAAAGCAAGACUAUAUUGUUUCCCGACAUAAGAUUAGUAGAUGGACCUACAAUAUUAGCUGGAAGGGUUCAAAUUAAAGUGAAUAACAAAUGGAGAAGUCUAUGCACAAAUUCCAGAAACUGGACUAAGGCAGAUAUGGAAACAGCUUGCCGUCAAAUGGGAUUCCAGGGAGGUGAUUUUUUUCAAUGGUUCAAUAGGGAAAUGCCUCUAAAACCCCGAUUGCUGUAUGAAGAACCAUCUUGUACAGGUACUGAAGGAUCUCUGUUGGAUUGUAGAUGGGAUAGCUACCAGAUGGGUUCUGGAGUGUGCGAUUAUCAUCCUGAUUUGGGUUUGCAAUGUCAAAUGAGACAUGACAGUCCCAAAGGUUAUUGGAGAGGAUUGAGAUUUGAAUAUGCAGAGAACACAAAUGAGCUGUCAUUGGUUAGAACUCGUUUCAUGCCUUUGUCGCAAUCGACAUUAAGGCACGUUAACAUUUACUACGCAGGUGCAGGACGGGAUUACAACACUUCCAGCGCUUUGCAUAUUGAAGGUGUUCCUCCUGUCAUGGAAAGUCUGGAAAUUGUCAGUUCCUUGUAUAACGGGGUCAACGUGACGAACCCUAGUGCUCCCAUAGUUAUUAAUAACUGUACCAUUAGGAAUAACAGAGGUUAUGGCGUGUUUAUUAAUUCAAGUUAUGGAUUGGCACAUUUAGAUGGCUGUGUUAUUAAUGACAAUGGCGGCGAUGGCAUACGAUACGUCAAAGCAGAAGACAGACCGGAAGAAAGCACUGACAGACGAGGAUACACCGAUUUCUGCCAACUAGCAGUCAGUUCUAGUCAAAUCUACCCCAUUUACGUUUACGCCGAACAAUCUGUUCAAACCCAGCACGAACUCGAAUGCAACAACGCGCUUUAUACCAAAUACGGACACGUCCUAACCUUAGACUUCAUCAGAGCCGUCACAGAGCGAAAUAACACGGCAUUCCUGGAAGUCUAUGAUGGUUCCGCUUUAAACAACAGACUGAUUCAAGUGAUCCCCAUACGCAACAACACCAGACCUCAAAGCAUUAGAACUACAUUUAACCAAAUCUACCUUAAGUUUAGAGCGGAGCCCUGGACAGAUACUGUGAUAUUUUUGAGGAUAAUGUCCGGACUGGACCAAACCUUUGAUCUCAACGUAACCAAUUCGGACGUGUCCGAAAACUUAGGAAGAGGAAUAGCAGUAGAUAAUCUUAGAUCUCAAGUUCACGUGCAUAAGACUUCCUUAUCGAAAAACGAGCAUGUAGCUGGUCUACAUGUGACAAGUGGCGUAGGUACCGUCAACGUCACCGAAAGCCGAGUGUCCUUCAACGAGGGUGAUGGAAUAAACGUCACUUAUACAGGAGGAUCCAGAAAUAUAUCCAGGUCCUUUAUAAGCAGCAAUCAAGGAUAUGGUGUAGCAAUAUGGUUAAACAAUACCAAAGAAUCAGAGUUUGAAACAGUGAAUCAAACUACUGUAAUACAAUACAACGAAAUAUAUAAAAACCUAGAUAUCGGAGUGUUACAUGGAAACUAUUGUGGCGAGUCCUUAUUUAAUUUUACUGGAAAUUCCUUUAAAAAUUCUGUCAGCGAUGCCUUAGAGAUACUAUCCUGUUGGGAAAAGACUGAGAGUUAUACAAACCUGCAAAUCGGUCACAACAGAUUCAUGGGUAACGAGAAGAUAGCUUUAAAAAUAUAUCCAGCACUAAAUCUUCAAGCUAAUAUAGAGUUUAAUAACUUUAGGCAAGGAACUUUUGGAGCUUUAUUAAUAAAAAACAAACCCCUAGAAGAAUUUAACAUUCUCAAGACUGAUAUAAUAGUGCAACAAAAUUAUUUUAUAAACAACACAGGCAUAUUUGCCGUUAAUCUUGCCCUUUCUCCAUAUGGAAAUGACCAGUACUUGUUAUUUACAAGAAAUUUCGUUAAAAAUAAUAAAAUAACUGAGCCAUUUCAACCCGCUGAUGGCUCAAUUUCAAAUUUAAAUCCCAGAAGCAGAGUAGCAGCUCCUGUGGUUAUUGGGUCUAAUAACGUCGAAGUAUUUCGGAAUAUAAUCGAAAAUCCCGAGUCCAGUUACGAAAUAGGCAGUCAUUUGGAAGACCAAAGCAAAAUAAUUAACGCUACGUACAAUUGGUUGGGUUCAGGAUACGACGAAGCUAUAUUCCACAGAAUUUUCCACAGAUUCGAUCGAUAUAAUUUAGCAAAAAUAAACUUCAUGCCUAUACUUCUCCAUAACUCCAAUCCCCUUACAAUAAAAAUCAAUCAAAACCAACUGUAUGUUCCAAAGUUUAGUGGUUAUAGUUCUGAUAAAGUUGGAGGGGAAAUAGAAGGAGAAGAAUCAUUAGCCAGGGGAGAAUAUGUAGUGGAAAGAGACAUAACUAUACGGCCAGGAGGUAAACUCACAAUCGAGCCCGGAGUAACCCUAAAGUUUCCUCCAUCGAUAGGCAUGAUGGUCGGAGGACAGCUGGAAGCUAGAGGCAUCGAGCCAAACAGCAUUCGUUUUACUUUAAAAGAAAAUCUAUCUCAUCCACCCGAUAAUGUAACCUAUCAAACUGAAGACAUGGUUAUCGGAUCUGAAACAGAAAUAGUCGAAGUAGAAUCUGGUGUUCCGAUAAGACUGCUUGGAGGUGACACCGAGACAGAAGGAAGGCUUCAAAUUAAAAUAAAUAACCAAUGGGGUACAGUUUGUAAUUACGGAUGGACUGUUGAGAACGCUGCAUUAGUAUGUCAGCAAUUAGGUUAUGUUUUGAACCCAUCUGACUGGUAUAUUGAAAGAAAUGAGAUCCCCGAUGCUGGAAAAACAGAGAAAGUAGUUUUGUCUAACGUACAAUGCCAGGAUUAUGAUUUAGAUAUAACUAAGUGUAGAGCAGAAACGAUUACUGACUUUUACAACUCUUGCGAUCACGAUAAUGAUGUUGGAAUAAGAUGCUACAAGUCUUCGUGGGCUGGAGUGCGAUUCGGAGCAUUAGCCGAACGUUCAGACUUACAGUAUGUCACUAUCGAACAAAGCGGGCUACUCGAUUAUGCCACAGCAUCCUUUAAACCUGCCCUUCAACUGGACUUUGCCCGUCAAAACUUUGAAAACAUCAGAAUCGUCGAUAACUACUUCCACGGACUCGGUAUUUUAUACUCCAACAUCUACACAGACGAUUCAGUCAAUAUAAUUAAAAACUCGGAGUUUCUAAACAACAAAGGUGCGGGUAUUAGUUUAAAACAACUAGGCUUAAUGUUGUAUAGCAACAAAAUCGAAAAUAACCUUAUAGGUAUCGAGCAUAACCCUACAUUAUCCGGUCUUCAACAACGUGAGCUGGCUGGUUGGUUUUUGAAGAACGAUGAAGAAACUCAUUAUAAACCCAUUGAAAUUCCUGAAGAAUCUGAUGCAAAUACCAUAGAGGUGCAGAGAGGAGAUACGAGAUAUCUUAUUACAUCUAGAGUUAUUGGGGAAGACGUAACACGAUCGUAUAACGUAAGGUGUGAUCCUGGAUGGGUUAUAGGAGUUCAACUGAUUAAUCCAAUUGAAAAUAGAAGCACGGAAACUAUAGUUAUAUAUGAUUCUUUGUCCGCCAACCCAGGAUCAGAAGUAUGGUUAGUUAAAAGGGAUGUCUCAGUGUUUCCUACGACUUCAAGUGCUCACGGAGUUACUAUAGAAUAUUCUAGUGGAGUUAAUGCCUUGGGAAACACUGUUAUUGUUAUAAGUUCUGUUAGAGCUCCGAUACAAAAUAUCUACAAUAGAAUAGUAAGAGGACCAGUCCCUACCUUUACAAUACGCAACAGUAUCAUCAGAAAAAACACGUACGGUUUUCAAGGUUCGUAUUAUAACCGAUAUUUAGAUGAAUUAGGUAAUCACUUUUUGAGACACGCAAACGAUUCUAUAAAUUUCUUCAACUGCGAGAUCACAUACAACGAGAAAGAAGCUAUAUUCGUUCACUCGCCGAAUUGGGACUUGCAUAAAAGUAACCUUUCUGAAAUAACUAUUAUGGUGAACCGAUCACUUAUAACCGACAAUGGGAAGGGUUUCUAUCAUUUCUCCAGAGACAUGAGAUCUUCGAAUAAUUUGUUUCAUUACGUCCUACAAGACAAUACGAUAGAACGAAAUAAAGGAGAUGCAUUUAACGUAGCCCUUCCCUAUGUUUGGGACUACAACGAAAAUUUUACUCAUUCAGUUUACAUGGAUAACAACAGUUUCAUCAAUAACAGGAAUUUUGGUGUGGAUAUUGAUGGGCAUUUUGCUGAGGUGAAUUUAACCAACAACGUUUUUAAAGAAAACAAGUGUCAUAAUGGAUUAUUAACUCUAAAAGGUAUGGAGAAAAAACUACUGAUCUGGGGCAAUGUGUUUCAAGAAAAUAACUGUAAGUAUGUGGUGUUAUUCAGUUGUAACAGUCAAUCAGAGAUCAUAGGAAAUAUUCCAGCUAUUUUCCUUCUCAAUAAUAUGAAAAAUAACAAGUACGUUCAAUUAGGCAGGUCGUUUGGAGUACUGCAACGAACACAAGACCCCACUUUCGUGGUAGGUUUUAAAGGAAUUCAAAAAGUUCGAAUUAACAGAAACUUAUUUUCCGGAAAUUCCUUAAGGUACGAGUUACUGGCAGGUAUAAAAACAGCAAAAGUGAACGAAUAUUUAAACGUCAGGGAAAACUGGUGGGGUACUGCCUCAGAAAACGAAAUUCAAGAGAGAAUAUUUGACUUUGAUGACUGGAAUGACCAUGCUAUUGCAGAAUUUAGACCAUUUUUAUUAGAAGAGGACUUCCAGUCGAGUCAUUCCUUAAUUCUCACAACCUCCAGUUCAAUAGACUUCGAUAACUUAAAAGGAAGGUUAUGGGAAGACGUUACAUUACAGGCUAGAGACAGUCCAUAUGUAAUACAGUCAGAUUUGACUAUAAUGCCCAAUGUUACUUUGACAAUUAACCCGGGGGCUGUUCUGGAAUUCGCUCCAAACAUCGGAAUGUUAGUUCUAGGUAAUCUGUUAGCUCAGGGCUUCGAAGGAAACGAAAUCAUAAUGAGACCUCUGAGGAAAACAGAAAAUCUUUUAAUGUUACCUGGACCAAGUAGAAACAAACGACAGUUAGAGCUAGUGGGACAGGAAAGUAUCAGGCUAUGUAAGAACAGAGAUUGCGUGGAAGAAAGCGAAACAACUGUUUCAUACGAAGGGUUUUUAGAAUGGUUCAACGAAACUACUUUACAGUGGGUACCAAUGUGCGAUUCCAGAUUCACCGAAAGAAACGCCGAGGUUGUUUGUAGGCAGUUAGGUUUCGAUCCACUCUCCGCAUUUUUCGAUUUUGAUAUCAGGAUUGACUUUCACAGCAAUUCGUUGUCGAGGAUAUGGACCUGGCCAGAACCACUGCAGUGUAAAGGAACGGAAAACAGAUACGAUGAUUGUCCUAUAAGAUUAAACGGCCAGCAGUUUGGUCACAGGCAUAGUUGCCAGUGGAACAGCAAGUUUGUCUUCAUUAACUGCAACAACAAGGCCAGACCGCCCAAAUACAAUUUCUGGGGUGGAAUCAGGUUUGCCGAGCCAGAAUUCGAACAGAGGCUUUACUCCCAUAGAGUCCACGACAUCCAUACUCAUUCAACGUUUCAGGAAAGCGAAUCCACGUUACAGUUCGUGAAAAUCUCUGGAGCGGGAAUUCUGCACAAUGAAAGGUCGCCUGCGGUUCAAAGCGUCAGCAAGAGUCCAAAAAUAAGAUACGUGGAGGUUAGUUCUUCAGCUAGUCAUGGUAUUAACAUGAUCUCACCUUCGGGAACAAUAAACUUACUAGGAAAUAGAGUGCAGGAUUCUCUAGGAGUUGGUAUUAAUAUAGUAUCGCUUUCUGGUGAAGGUCGGGAGUCGGAAGAAUCAAGUUUUACACCGUUGAAGGAAAUGAAUAUUCCUUAUAAUUUGUUCAGUCUGUUGGAUAUAUGUGAUACGAACAAGGAAAUAUUGGUGGAAGAACGCAUUGUUCUUUAUUACAAGUACGAUAAUCACCCAGUCAAUUGCAUCAAGAUCUUCCGAAGUGCUUACAAUAUAAAACCGUUGGGAAUUCGCUUCUUGCAAUUUAAUUUGUUCAAUUCUUCAGUUCCUCACGGCAUUCCUGAUUUUGUCUCAGUAUAUAAUGGAGAUAUUUACAAUGUGACUUCUACGUUAUUAAGUACUAUAACAAUGACUUCUGGUAAUUCUAAGAGACUGUACAGAUCUCAGUAUCCCAGUCUGAGCGUGAAGUUGUUUGCUAAUGGAGCUUCUUCUGACCAUGGGUUUAUUGCUGAAGUUGUUACUUUACCCAUUUCUACAAUUGCUUUCAGUCGUGACGUUCAACACAAUAUAACUUAUUCAGUUAUAACAAACAACACUCAGGGCGCAAUGCUCUACAUGGCUGCCGGUGAAGUCAACCCUAUAGUAACAAUCGAAAGAAACCAGAUCAAAUCAAACUGCAGAGCGCUGUACGGAAAUUUUACUACUUGUAAAUCUUCGGUUGAAAUUGACGUUCAAAAUACUCAAUCCAUAUUCUUUAGGAGUAACUUAGUAGAACAAAAUAUCGGAGGUUUGUUCAUUAAAGCCGAUUCUCGAAGCUCAGCUACAUCUCUACAAGGCUGGAUCUACAACAAUCUCUUUGUGAACAAUACCAAUUUGCCUACUUUAUACGUAGAAGGAAGACAGUCAUCCCCGUAUCAAGAAGUAACAAUUUUUAGGAAUUAUUUUACGAGAAACUACGCACAAUAUCACAAUAAUAUCGUGCUCAAACAAGUUGUUUCGAAUUUUACUUACAAUUUUGUUAGAAGGAAUAUAGGACAACAGAAUUUAGAGGUGUCUGGUUUCGAUAAAGUGAGAUUGAAUAUCUUUCAAACAACUACACACAAUGGAUUCUACAAUAAUUACGCAAUAAAGCCUGAAAGCAAAUCAACUGUAGUGGCUGGGACAGCUGGUCAACAUUACGUGGACAACAUAUUCUUCAAUCCUGACAAUGACUAUGAAAUAAUCACUGUGAACAGAUCUCUAUUUGAGUUUAACAGUACUCUUCAGUUAUGGGACACCAAAAUCGACGCAGUCUACAACUAUUGGGGCGUGAACACUACCUUGGCAGUCCGAGGAAGAAUUCGUGAUCAAAGUGACGAUCUGAGGUUGCUAGAAGUACUAUACGAACCAUUCUAUAUGACCAACCAGAGUAUAUUAGGCAAUAAAUGUCCUCCAGGAUGGGAGCUGGUUGGUGAGACUUGCUACAUGUAUGUUGGAGCUCCCAUGACGUUCUGGGAAGCCAGAGCCUUUUGUGAAGCUGACAAUGCUUCAAUGCCAUACUUAGUCGGAAAUGUGAAUUAUUUACCAUUAUUCGACUUCCUAAGACGCCAGUACCAAUGGUACUUGUAUUCUGACAGAGUCUGGGUCCAAGAUAUCGAUAGGAUAAGACAGUGCACUAUAUUUGCGUACCAGGCUGUCCAGAUCGAAGACUGCAACAGGCGUAGCCCAUUUAUCUGUGAGAUUGAUCCACAGGUUUCCAUAAGCAUUAUGCCUUUAGCAAAUGAUUUUGUUACAAUAGCAGUGUUUAGCAGUAUAGCAAUUGCAAUUCUUCUGAUAAUAAUUGUAGUGUCUUUCUGGUGGUACAAAUCCAAGUACAGACAUGCCCAAAGAUUAGAAAGGAGAAACAGUAUCAGGCAAAGUCUACAUUCUUUAAGAUCAGUGGGACUGUCGACCAGUCCUUUUGCUGAUCCAAAUUAUAGGAAAAAAGUUGGACAAUUAAGUACUAGAUCGACAGAUACUCUAACAAAAACUUCAGAUUACAAGAAAGUCAUCAGCAACGGCUCAAUUGACAGCAUGGAGAAGUCGGCUUAUAACUCUUCAGUAGAAGACACUCAUUCAGUUGACACUUAUGAACCUUCUAAUCCUAAUCCGUUUACAACUUUAGACUACCACAAAAGUCCUUCCAAAUUCGAUAACCACUAUUCCAAACCUGCUUACGAUUUGACAUUUAAAAAUGCUGGUUUUAAAGAUACGUCUACUUUUGCUACUAAUAGUAAUUAUCAGUCUCAAGUUGGCAGUAUACAGGACGAGACUAUAACAGACGAGACUCCAAUCAUGCAACCUUAUAAGCUAAAUGGGGAUUCUUCGUAUCCCCCUAGCGAUUAUUUUAAUACGGAUACACUUCCAUUGCACGGCGGAAGUACUAAUAGUUCUGUUACUAGAAACUACGAGCCUCCCAGCUACACAUCAGACAAACCUUCUGGGUUGUUACAAGAACUGAAAUCUAGACUACCUAAAGCACCUGCUAGAAACUAUUCGCCAACGUAUUCUAAUCAAAUAACUGAUAUGGAGUACAGUCCGGACUAUAAUACAGUGGGUUUGGCACAUCCUGGUCAGUUUAGUAGAUCUAGAUCUGUCCAAGAGGAUGAUGGAUACCAAGUACCGGUGCCACCAAAGCCAAAGACUAGAGCGAAGAGUGAAGUGUUGUUAGAAACUGAUUUUGACUACAUUCCUCAUGACGAGGCGGUGUUCAGUCUUACUCUGGGUGAUUCUGGAAGGAGUAAGAGUCAGCCUUUGGAGACAGCAAUGUAGAACUGAAGGGAACCAAACACAAUGCCAAGCUGUGAUUAUUUGAAAAUAUAUCUUCCUAUGCUAGAAAGAAUUGACGAUGGCUUCUAGAAAUCAAAUCAACCAAAUUUUUAUAAAACUAAACAUUUCUUACAGUUAAUUUCGUCCUUGACAGUUAGAAAUGCUGGGUUUAAAGAUACGUCUACUUUUGCUACUAAUAGUAAUUAUCAGUCUCAAGUUGGCAGUACUAGAAACUACGAGCCUCCCAGCUAUACAUCAGAUAAACCUUCUGGGUUGUUACAAGAACUGAAGUCUAGACUACCUAAAGCACCUCCUAGAAACUAUUCGCCAACGUAUUCUAAUCAAAUAACUGAUAUGGAGUACAGUCCGGACUAUAAUACAGUGAGUUUGGCACAUCCUGGUCAGUUUAGUAGAUCUAGAUCUGUCCAAGAGGAUGAUGGAUACCAGGUACCGGUGCCACCAAAGCCAAAGCGAAGUGUUGUUAGAAACUGAUUUUGACUACAUUCCUCAUGACCAGGCGGUGUUCAGUCCUACUCUGGGUGAUUCUGGAAGGAGUAAGAGUCAGCCUUUGGAGACAGCAAUGUAGAACUGAAGGGGACCAAACACAAUGCCAAGCUGUGAUUAUUUGAAAAUAUAUCUUCCUUAUACACUUCCAUUGCACGGCGGAAGUACGAAUAAUUCUGUUACUAGAAACUACGAGCCUCCUAGCUACACAUCAGAUAAACCUUCUGGGUUACAAGAACUGAAGUCUAGACUACCUAAAGCACCUCUUAGAAACUAUUCACCAACGUAUUCUAGUCAAAUAACCGAUAUGGAGUACAGUCUGGACUAUAAUACAGAAUCAAUGUUCAGUCCUACUCUGGGUGAUUCUGGAAGGAGUAAAAGUCAGCCUUUGGAGACAGCAAUGUAGAACUGAAGGGAACCAAACGCAAUGCCAAGAUGUGAUUAUUUGAAAAUAUAUUUUCUGAUACUAGAAGGAAAUAGUAAAACUUUCUUUCUAAUACACAUCAAUAGUCUAUCUAGGAAAUGAAUAUGUGACAUAAUGAUAGUUGUCUAUCAUAUUGAUUAAGAACAAAAUCAAAGCUACAAAAAAACUUUUAUUUUUAAAUUUUUUAGCGAUUUGUAAGUGUCUUAUACAAGACUGAGAACAAUUAUUAAUAACGAAUAAUACUGUGGUUGCAACAAGAAAAUACUAAAAUACAUGCACUUUGGUUUACCAAAAUAACGCAACAUGUGCCUUUGUUGACCGUCCAAAAAUUAAAAGGUGUAACAUGUGAUGUCAUUUUCAUAUUUAUCUACAAAGUGUUUUAGAAUAUUUUUAUCCCAAAACUUAUAUUUAAGAUUUACAUAUAGAACAAAUAUUUAUGCUCAAUCUCAAUAUGUCUUAAUACGAAAAAGCAAUACAUUUAAAAUUUAUGUUAUACAGGAUGUGAUGUGCAAAAAUGUUCAGGGUUGGCAGAUAUCGAUACAAGAAACUCAUUUUCUCUUUACCGUUUUUCAAAUAAGUCUAAAAUAACCGAGAUAUUUUGCUUUGAAAAUUAAAAAAAAUAUAUUUUUCGCCUAAAUUUUGAGAACCGCUGAAUCUUUUCUAGGUUUUCUU